GGUUGGUAAGGUCGGGCCAUGGUGGGGCAGAGGUUGGGAAGAUGGCGUGGCGCGGCUGGGCACACAGAGGAUGGGGCUGUGGCCAGGCGUGGGCUCAGCCGGCGGGCGGCCGCAGCUGCGAGGAGCUCACUGCGGCCCUGGCCCCGCCGCGACUGCUUGGACGCAGGUUUAACUUUUUUAUUCAGCAAAAAUGUGGAUUCAGAAAAGCACCCAGGAAGGUUGAACCUCGAAGAUCAGACACAGGAACAAGUGGUGAAGCAUACAAGAGAAGUGCUUUGAUUCCUCCUGUAGAAGAAACAGUCUUUUAUCCUUCUCCCUAUCCUGUAAAGACCCUUGUAAAGCCCUUGUUUUUUACUGUUGGGGUAAGUGCUUAUGUCACUAGGAGUUACCUACCUUGCUGCUGUAGUGGUGAAAUAUUGUCUUAUGAAUUUGAGAACAUGAAUUUAAUAAUUGCUAUUAUUAAUGUGACUUAUUUCCCAGGUGUUAUUUCCAAUUUUGUCAGUUAUGUAUGUAAAGUCGCCACAGGAAGAUAUGGACCAUCACUUGGUGCAUCAGGCGCGAUCAUGACCGUGCUUGCUGCUGUCUGCACGAAGAUCCCGGAAGGGAGGCUCGCCAUUAUCUUCCUUCCAAUGUUCACAUUCACAGCAGGGAAUGCCCUAAAAGCCAUUAUUGCCAUGGAUACAGCAGGAAUGGUCCUGGGAUGGAAAUUUUUUGAUCAUGCGGCACAUCUUGGGGGAGCGCUCUUUGGAAUAUGGUAUAUUACUUACGGUCAUGAACUCAUUUGGAAGAACAGGGAACCUCUAGUGAAAAUUUGGCAUGAAAUGAGGACUAACAGCCCCAAAAAAGGAGGCGGCUCUAAGUAAAACUGGGAUUGGAUGAGACUGGUGCGUGUGGCCCCUGCUGCCUGGAGAGCCCCAGGAACACGUCGGCCCUGGAGCGACCACAUCUUUGCUCCUGCCUGGAAGACACCCGGCAUCUAGCUUUCCCAGUAUUUUAAACUCUGUCCCCAGUACAUGUCUUAUUAGAAAGUGAAUUAUGACAAAGUUGUGAAAUAAAGGUUUCUAUCUCUAGUUUGUA